AAAAUAUAAUUCGUAUUAGUUAUUAAUUAACAGUGAAACUAAUGAUAUGAAUCGUCCAAUGUUAAAUAGAAAAACAGCAGGUUACAGCAGUUUAAUAACGUUUGCUGUAUUGCUAAUAGCAUGGAUUGCAGGAUUCUCCUCUCGUUUGUUUGCCGUUAUUCGUUUUGAGUCAAUCAUUCAUGAAUUUGAUCCUUGGUUUAAUUAUCGUGCAACAGCAUAUAUGGUGCAACAUGGAUUUUACAAGUUUCUUAAUUGGUUUGAUGAGAGAGCGUGGUAUCCAUUGGGUCGCAUUGUUGGUGGCACUGUUUAUCCUGGUUUAAUGAUUACAUCUGGAGGCAUACACUAUUUACUUCAUGCAUUAAAUAUACCAGUCCAUAUACGCGAUAUUUGCGUUUUCUUAGCGCCAGUGUUUAGUGGGCUUACAUCUAUUUCUACAUAUUUGCUUACUAAAGAGUUGUGGUCUUCUGGCGCUGGACUUUUCGCUGCUGGUUUUAUUGCCAUAGUUCCUGGAUAUAUCAGCAGAUCAGUAGCUGGCUCAUAUGAUAAUGAAGGAAUUGCAAUAUUCGCACUUCAAUUUACCUAUUUUCUUUGGGUGCGAGCUGUUAAAACUGGUUCAGUAUUUUGGUCGGCAGCAGCAGCUUUAUCGUAUUUUUACAUGGUUUCAGCCUGGGGCGGAUAUGUUUUCAUUAUUAACUUAAUCCCCCUCCACGUAUUUGUACUUUUGUUAAUGGGUCGAUAUUCGCCACGUCUUUUGACCAGUUAUAGUACAUUUUUCAUAUUAGGUCUAUUACUCUCGAUGCAAAUACCAUUUGUAGGAUUUCAACCUAUUCGAACAAGUGAACACAUGGCAGCUCUUGGAGUUUUUGCAUUACUAAUUACUGUGGGAUUUUUGCGCUAUCUUCAAUCAGUACUUUCUCGCAAUGAGUUUAAAAAACUAUUCUUAAUUGGAGGAUUAUUGGCAGCUGGCUUUGUUUUCUUGUCAGUUGUAACAUUUACAAUGAUGGGUGUAAUUGCGCCAUGGAGUGGCAGAUUUUAUUCCUUGUGGGACACAGGUUAUGCUAAGAUACAUAUACCUAUUAUUGCCUCUGUAUCAGAACAUCAGCCAACCACAUGGUUUUCAUUCUUUUUUGAUCUUCACAUUUUAAUAUGUGCCUUUCCAGUGGGUGUUUGGUAUUGUGUGAAAAAAAUCAACGACGAGCUUGUUUUUGUCAUAUUGUAUGCCAUAAGUGCUGUAUAUUUUGCUGGUGUAAUGGUUCGUUUAAUGCUAACGUUAACUCCCGUUGUCUGCAUGCUGGCUGGAGUUGCUUUCUCAAGCCUUUUGGACGUAUAUUUACGAGAAGAAAAUGUAAUCAAAACGACGACAAUAUCUCAAUCUCGUCCAGAAGAAACUGAUGACUCCCCUAAUGAGAAAAAAAUGCUUUAUGAUAAGGCUGGCAAAUUGAAGCAUCGCCCCAAAUACGAUACUUCACUAAAUGAAAAUUGCACCGGAAUUGGAUCAAACUUGAGAAGCAUUGUUAUAUUAGCUGUUUUAAUGAUAUUAAUGAUGUUUGCUGUACACUGUACAUGGGUUACUAGCAAUGCUUAUUCUAGCCCUUCAAUUGUUCUGGCAUUCCACAAUAGUCAAGACGGAUCCCGAAAUAUAUUAGACGAUUUUAGAGAAGCAUAUUAUUGGCUAUCACAAAAUACUGAAGAUGAUUCCAGAAUUAUGUCUUGGUGGGACUAUGGCUAUCAAAUAGCAGGAAUGGCAAAUAGAACUACACUUGUCGACAAUAAUACAUGGAAUAAUAGUCACAUUGCUCUUGUUGGAAAAGCAAUGUCAUCUACGGAAGAGAAGUCCUACGAAAUAAUGACUUCGCUGGACGUGGAUUACGUUCUUGUAAUAUUUGGAGGUGUGAUAGGAUAUUCUGGAGAUGAUAUAAAUAAAUUUUUAUGGAUGGUUCGAAUUGCCGAAGGUGAACAUCCAAAAGAUAUAAAGGAAAGUGAUUAUUUUACAGAACGCGGAGAAUUUCGAGUAGAUUCUGAAGGUGCUCCUGCACUUUUAAACUGUCUGAUGUACAAAUUGAGUUAUUAUAGAUUUGGCGAAUUGAAGUUAGAUUACAGGUAAAUAAAUCAAAUAUUA